GUGGCGCUGCUGUGUUCUUCCGCCGCGGCUCCGCGCAGGGCGGGUCGCCCAUCCUCUGCCGCCCUUCUGCCUCUCGGCCCUCGGCGCCCGCGGAGCCGCCGCUAUGCACGACGCCUUCGAGCAUGUGCCGAUCCUGGAGAAGCUGCCGUUGCAGAUCGACUGCCUGGCGGCCUGGGAGGAAUGGCUCCUUGUUGGUACCAAACAAGGGCAUCUUCUGCUUUACAGGAUCAAGAAGGACAUAGGAGAGGUUAUGUCAUCAGAAAGUGUCUGUUGCAAUAGGUUUGAAGUGACGCUAGAGAAAUCCAACAAGAACUUCUCAAAAAAGAUUCAGCAGAUUCAUGUUGUUUCUCAGUUUAAAAUUCUGGUCAGUCUAUUAGAAAAUAACAUUUAUGUCCAUGACUUACUGACGUUUCAACAAAUCACCACGGUUUCCAAGGCAAAAGGGGCAUCUCUCUUCACUUGUGAUCUUCAGCAGUCAGAUACAGGAGAAGAGGUGCUGAGAAUGUGCGUGGCAGUGCGGAAGAAGCUGCAACUUUAUUUUUGGAAGGACAGAGAGUUCCAUGAGUUGCAGGGGGACUUCAGUGUACCUGAUGUACCCAAGUCUAUGGCCUGGUGUGAAAACUCCAUCUGUGUCGGCUUCAAGAGAGAUUAUUACCUGAUAAGGGUGGAUGGAAAAGGAUCCAUCAAAGAACUGUUUCCCACAGGGAAGCAGCUGGAACCAUUGGUAGCUCCUGUAGCAGAUGGGAAAGUUGCAGUUGGCCAAGACGAUCUAACAGUUGUGCUCAAUGAAGAAGGAGUUUGUACUCAGAAAUGUGCCUUGAAUUGGACAGAUAUUCCGAUAGCCAUGGAACACCAGCCUCCCUACAUCAUUGCUGUUCUGCCGAGAUACGUGGAGAUCCGCACCUUUGAACCUCGGCUGCUGGUGCAGAGUAUUGAGCUGCAGAGACCACGCUUCAUCACUUCUGGAGGCACAAAUAUUAUUUAUGUAGCAAGCAAUCACUUUGUUUGGCGGCUCAUUCCAGUGUCCAUAGCCACACAGAUCCAGCAGCUUCUGCAGGACAAGCAGUUUGAGUUGGCUUUGCAGUUGGCAGAAAUGAAGGAUGAUUCAGAUAACGAGAAGCGACAACAGAUUCACCACAUAAAGAACCUUUUUGCCUUCAACCUCUUCUGCCAGAAGCGCUUUGACGAAUCUAUGCAAGUUUUUGCCAAACUUGGUACAGAUCCCACUCAUGUGAUGGGUCUGUAUCCUGACCUCCUGCCCACAGAUUACAGGAAACAGCUACAGUAUCCCAACCCCCUACCAGGGCUCUCUGGGGCAGAGCUGGAAAAGGCACAUUUAGCUCUGAUAGACUACUUAACUCAAAAAAGAAGUCAGCUGGUGAAGAAGCUAAAUGAUUCUGACCAUCAGUCCAGUACCUCACCCCUUAUGGAAGGAACACCCACGAUCAAGUCCAAAAAGAAGCUGCUACAAAUCAUUGAUACCACCCUAUUGAAGUGCUACCUCCAUACAAAUGUAGCACUGGUAGCACCAUUGCUACGACUGGAGAACAAUCACUGCCAUAUUGAGGAGAGUGAGCAUGUGCUGAAGAAGGCGCACAAAUAUAGUGAACUGAUAAUACUCUAUGAGAAGAAAGGUCUGCAUGAGAAAGCAUUACAGGUACUAGUGGAUCAGUCUAAGAAAGCCAAUUCACCUUUGAAGGGUCAUGAGAGGACAGUGCAAUAUCUGCAGCACUUGGGCACAGAGAACUUGCACUUGGUAUUUUCCUACUCUGUCUGGGUGCUAAGAGAUUUUCCUGAAGAUGGACUGAAGAUAUUUACAGAAGACCUCCCUGAAGUGGAAGCUUUGCCACGAGACAAAGUGCUCAGUUUCUUGAUAGAAAAUUUUAAAAGCUUGACUAUUCCUUAUCUGGAGCACAUCAUUCAUGUCUGGGAAGAAACCGGUGCAGACUUCCACAACUGUCUGAUCCAGCUGUACUGUGAGAAAGUGCAGGGCUUAAUGAAAGAGUAUCUCAAUUCCUUCCCUGCAGAUAAAACUCCAGUGCCUGCAGGGGAGGAAGGGGGAGACCUUGGGGCUUACCGGAAGAAGCUUUUACUUUUUCUGGAGAAGUCUAGCUGGUAUGAACCUGGUCGACUAAUUAGUGACUUCCCCUUUGAUGGUCUUCUAGAAGAACGUGCUCUGCUCUUGGGUCGUAUGGGGAAACAUGAGCAAGCUCUGUUUAUUUAUGUUCAUAUUUUGAAGGACACCAACAUGGCUGAAAACUACUGCCAUAAACAUUAUGACAGAAACAAAGAUGGUAACAAAGAUGUCUAUCUGUCUCUGCUCCGGAUGUAUCUCUCCCCACCCAGUGUUCAUUGCCUGGGACCAAUCAAGAUGGAAGUGCUGGAGCCUCAAGCCAAUCUGCAGGCUGCUCUGCAGGUUUUGGAACUACAUCACAGCAAACUGGAUACCACCAAGGCAAUAAACCUACUCCCAGCAAAUACACAGAUCAGUGAGAUUCGAAUCUUUUUAGAGAAAGUCCUUGAAGAAAAUGCUCAGAAGAAAAGAUUUAAUCAAGUUCUCAAGAAUCUUCUUCAUGCAGAGUUUCUGAGGGUCCAGGAGGAGCGGAUCCUGCAUCAGCAAGUGAAGUGCAUUAUUACAGAGGAGAAGGUGUGCACUGUAUGUAAAAAGAAGAUAGGUAACAGUGCAUUUGCUCGUUACCCUAAUGCAAUAGUUGUGCAUUAUUUCUGCUCCAAAGAAGUCAACACGUUGGACACCUGACCUCGUCAUGGUCAACAAUCCCAACACUCAUAUGACAUUGGGAACUGAUGACUUGCAGUUGAUGCCUCUGAGAUUUGUGAGGCUUGUUGCUAGGUUCUCUUCCACUGGGUAGAAGUCAUUUGUAUUGUGGACCGACUGUACUGAUAUGACAAUGCUGAUUUACUAGAAAAUGAUGUUAGCCAUCCUGUUACAGUGCUGAUGGCGACACUGAACCUCUCAGUACUUGGAUGAAGAACAGAAACUGAUUUUUUUGGUAGUGAUUUUUGUAUUGCACUCCAGCCUUGUGAAUGAGUUGUCAGACAACUGUUGGGCGUUGACCACAAGUCAAGUUUUACUAGAAAACUUACCUCCUUGGGGUGACAGUGUUGUGGUUUGGCCUUGUAUGUAAAUAGUUCUUCAAAAAAGAAAACUCCAUUAAAAUCAUCGCAGCUGUAUGAUUGUUGCAUGGAGAUCACCAAGUGUUUGGCAUAGAGAGGGCUUCUGUGCCUGUUUCUGGACCUAGAAAAUAAAAUUAUACUUUCAUCUCAGUACUGGGAAGCUGAAGUGCUGGCCAAAGCAAUCUUGCUUUUUUUUUGGUAUUCAGUGUUACCUCCUGACAUGAAAUUCCACAGGAGACACUUAAGACAAACAUUAGAUACCACUACUAAGCAUUUUUUCUCUUUAGUUUGAGAACUGUAAAUUGAAUUAACUUGUGUUUUUUUUGCACUGAAUCUGCUCACUCCUGGCAUGAGUGGAAGCUCAGAGACUAAAGAAGUUCACUUACACACUCACACCAAAAAGCAAAGAACACCCUGUAAAAAAAUCUCUGAAGGGAGUGAACUAUAGUUACUGCUUCAUCUUUUAAACUACACUUGAGAUUUUUGUAUAUCGGUUCUUUGGUCUGUGGUUCACUUUUCAGCUUUGAAGUAAAAUCCACACUAUUUCAACAGCUCUCUUCAAAAUGCGCUAGAACUGUGUUCUGCACUGGCUGGUACUGUUCUUAAGUUACUCUUAGUCCACAAGACUUAACUACAAGCACGAGAUUGUACCAUACUAUUUGUAGACUGUAAUAUUUUCAUCAAACUUUUUUUUCCCACAGAUUUGUCAGGUUGACGUGAAGGAUAUUAAAAUGUUUGAGUGCAGAAAGUUUCUGUGCAGUUGUAAUGAAAAGGCAGCAGUAGCAAGUAAUGGGAUAAAGUGGCUGUUUGACUCUCAAUGCCCUGAUCUAGCAAUACUUAGAAAUAAGUAAUUAUUUAAGUAGUAUGGAGCAUGGCUUGUAAGUACCCCAUACCACCUUUUGAUGAACCAGCAGAUGAAUAAAGCCUGUCUGCCUAAGGUGCAAAGUGAUCUCAAUUAACAUAGGUUUACUUAAGACAUGAGUGUUUUUUAGGGACAGGUCUGCUCUAGGCUGACAGAAGUUCUAAUUCAUUUACAUUUGCCAGUGCUAAUAGUAUUUUUUAACUUGACAGCUGUUGGUUUUUUUUUUUCCCCUCCCUUUCCACAUGUGUCUGUAUUUAUUGUUCAUAUGCCAUGCGUUCUGGAUUACUUGGGCCAGUGUUUUUCUGCUUCUGUACUUGGAUAUCUUGGGCAGUAGAGCUGCUGAUGUCUUUCUGCAGAUGCUAGGGAGAGAGGGAAUCUGUAGUGUUUUUUAACCUUGUAUUUCUUCUAUUUGAAGGAGAGAGCCUAAAAAAUACUUACUUUGGAUUUGCACAUUCUGUAUAGAUCUUUAUAUACUACAGAGGGAAGAUAGUUUGGGAGAGUUGUGUUUACAAAUCACUGAGAAAUGAGAGAAGGGUAUUUUAAAAGGCCCUGUAUUAUUUGUAUACAGGUAUAACAAUACUGGUUUGAUUUUUACCUGUCUUAUUUUAAGUCUGAUUUUUUUCAUCUACCUUCAUUAUCUGCCACUGGGAGAGCUAUACUCCCAUAUGAGGAUCUUCAUUGUGCUCUUACAUGGUUACACUUGUGCCUCUGUUCACCUGCACUGCAUACCUUUUACACAGAUGUGGUUUGUGCUGUAAUUUUUUUUGUAUUGUUGGCUGUUACGGUGUGGUUUGGGUUUACUAACCAUACAGCAGGUUUCUCUAAAGCAAUAGAUUGUAAUAAAUCUUGUGAACCAGGGUGUUUCAGUCAUUGUGCAAUUAAGGUUCUCUAGGCUGCUGUAGAUGGAUAUUUUUAAUGUACUAAUCCUCACUUUCUCUUGAAGUCAGACCCAAGUAUCACUCCUGCUAUAAUGUGUGCAAUUGAAAUGAUUUCAUGUCCUAUGAGAGCUGCCAUCAUGUCUCAUCUUCAGUUUAGAAGUUUGCAAGUUUAUAGGAUGCUUAUGAAUGUUCUCAAAAUCCUACUAAACCCACUUUUGCAUUCUCUCUGAAUAAUGUUUUUGAAAGUCUUACACCAUUAAAUAUGUACUUACUAGAGAGUAGUAAAAUUACUGACAAAUUGUUUGUUAGUGAUGAUAAUGCUGUUUCAGGAUGGGGAGGAGUAUUGAACUCUGUGACACCAAACUAUUAAAUAUUUAGAUUCA